AUGCCGUCUAUAGUCAUCGACGAUGCUGAUCGGCUUCGCCAGCUGUGGACGCAGCUGGUGACUGACGUGACUCCAUCACAUCUCCCAUCCGGUCUUUUCUCUAAGCGCGAGACCAAGUCCACCGUGGGCUGUCUGAAUGUGCCCAUGCAAUUGUCUGCAAUCUAUGACUGUUGCCAACAGUGUGAUGUUUCUCCACUGAACGUUGUCCAGGCUGCCUGGACGGCAGUCUUGCGCUCCUACUCUGGAGCCGACAACGUCAUGUUUGCUGGCAUUGGCAUGAACCCGCGAUCAAGCAAGCAGCAACGGACCAACACAUCUGUGUCCUUGGCACGACUGGAGCAAGACAGCUCCGUCAUUUCCGUUCUUGACACAACCCAAGAGGAGGGUCUCCUUCAGGCCGAGUCCAUGGUGUCCGUGGUCGAAGCUCUGGACAUCUUUUCCACAUUAGAGCCCAAGCCAUGCAACUCGGCCAUUUGGCUCAAAGAUUCACAGUCCAAGAGUGAGCUGGCCUUAACGGACGUGGUGAAUGAGAAGACUUUUGACUAUGCCAUCCAGAUUGAUGCCUCGUUAACCCAACUGGACUUGGUAUUCCACAAACCAACCGUCUCUCGCUCACAGGCACAAUAUAUCGCUAGCACAUUUGCCGACUACCUUCAAAGUGUGUGCUUGGACCCAUAUCAGACUGCAUCCACUGUGUGUCACCCCAGUGAACUGGACAUGAUGCAGAUCGAAACUUGGAACCGCAUCCUUCCAAAGGGACACGAUGUUUGUGUCGAUCAAUUGAUUGAGAGUGCCGCAGAGAAGACCCCUGAUGCACAGGCGCUAGUCGCCUGCGAUGGGGAGAUGUCAUACUCCCAGUUCAACCAAGCCGCAAACAAGGUGGCUUCAUAUUUCGAGUCCGUCGGCAUUCGACGCGGUGACCUGGUCCCCAUCUGCUUUGAGAAAUCUAUGUGGACCAUUGUUACUAUGAUUGCUAUCUGGAAGCUUGGUGCCGCAUGGGUGCCACUCGACCCUAAGCACCCGCGCCAGCGGUUGGAGACGAUUAUUGACUCCGUGGGAGCCCACACCGUGGUUGCUUCUGAGUCGAACAGGGAGCUUGUGCGGGACAUCACCCCUCAAGUCCUUGUCCUUGACCCCUCCCAAAUUCAGUCUGCCCCGGUGGUGGAAUUCACUUCUCGUUCACAGCCGAAGGAUACUUCCUUUGUCAUGUUCACCUCGGGCAGCACAGGCAAGCCCAAGGGUGUUGUCCAUGAUCACGCCUCUGUUUCCUCCAGCGCGCUACACCACGCCUCUGCCAUGAAUAUCUCUAAUAAUACCCGCGCUCUCCAAUUUGGCGCAUACACCUUCAUUAUCAGCACAUUUGAAAUAUUUACAACCUUAAUCUUCGGUGGAUGCCUCUGCAUUCCAUCUGACCACGAUCGACACACCGACAUUCGUCCGGCUAUUCGAUCAUUCGAAGCAAACUGGGCGAUCUUCACCCCCAGUUUUGCCCGUUCUCUCAGCCACGAGGACAUUCCCUCACUCGAUACCAUGCUCGUGGCCGGUGAAGCGGUGGCACAGGACAUCAUCGACCGAUGGGCGCCGGUGGCACAAUUAAUUAAUAUCUAUGGUGCAUCUGAAUGCAGCGUUGUCAUGAUCGGACGCAUGGUUGAAGACACGCCUAGAAGCUGUAUCGGCAGAGCCACUGGCGGUCUAUCAUGGCUUGUCGAUGCCAAUGACCACGAUCGUCUCGUCCCAAUUGGCUCCGUUGGUGAACUUGUCAUCGAAGGCCCAUUGCUCGCACGAGGAUAUCUUGCAGACCCCGAGAAAACCCAGGCUGUCUACAUUGAAAAUCCGGCCUGGGCCUCGAAGAGCGGAACUACUCGCCGAUUCUACAAGACCGGUGAUCUGGCUCGGUAUGGUGACGACGGGCGUGUGCACCUGAUUGGUCGCAAAGAUCUGCAGGUCAAGAUCCGUGGUCAGCGUGUUGAGUUGACCGAAAUCGAGGCCCACAUGCGUGCCAUCAACAACUCCGUCAAGACCGCGGUGGCCAUGGUUCGACCUGGUGGCAAGGCGAUGCUUGCUGCCUUCAUCUCCAACCAGAGCGGCUUUGGUCCCGAGUUCCCUCACACCUUCUACUCUGCCCCAGAGGACAAAGCUUCUGUGGUCUCUUUGGCAGCGCAGAUGACCAAGCAGCUCAGCCUCCAACUGCCACCCUACAUGAUUCCGUCUGUCUUCCUUCCUUUGGCCUACAUGCCAUUGACAGCCUCUGGAAAAACCGAUCGCCGCCUCAUCGCCUCUUUUGGUGACAGUCUCACCCUGACCGAGUUGGCUGCCGUGGCCGGCAACAGCAAAGUGACGAAGCGCCGCAUGCCUACGACAACUGCCGAAAUGGCUCUGCGCCAGAUUUGGGCUGAUAUCCUUCAUUGCCCUGUGGAUGAGAUCGGUGCGGAAGACAACUUCUUCCACCUCGGCGGUGACUCGAUCGAGGCCAUGAACCUCACCCGCCGUUGCCGUGCCGAGGGAUUGCAACUGCAGGUUGGAGAUAUUCUAGGCAACCUCGUUUUGAGCGAUAUGGCCAAGGUCAUGACCGCUGCGAGCUCCGCCGAGGCGCCUGUCACAACUCCGUUCGAUCUGCUCGGCGAGGACACUGAGGUUGUCCGUGCCAACAUUUUGGAAGCAACUGGCUUGCCGGCUGGCCUGCUCCAGGACGCCUACCCUUGCAGUCCCCUCCAGAUGGGUCUGAUGGCCCUUUCCGCCAAGAUCCCGGGCUCCUAUGUCGCUCGCCACACUCUGGAUCUUCCUAGUAGCGUGACAGUGUCUCGUUUCAAGGAGGUGUGGAGCAUGAUCGUGGAUAACAACGACGUUCUCAGGACCAGGAUUGUCGAGACAGACCAAUAUGGCUCUGUUCAGGUUGUCAACCGUGCUCCCAUCAUGUGGGCACAUGACACAGAUCUGGCGAAAUACAUCGAGCUCGAUGAAAAGAUUCCAAUGCAGAUUGGAGAUGCCCUUGCACACUUUGGCAUUAUCGCCGGCCCCACGAACACAUUCGUGUUGACCAUUCAUCACUCGAUUUAUGAUGGCAUGUCCCUGGAGAUGAUUUUCAACGAUCUAAUCCAGGCCUUCCAGGGUGUUGUUCCGCCUGUUCGUACCCAGUUCCGGGAUUUCAUCAAAGAGAUUGUGGAAAAGAACUCCGACAAGACGACCGAAGAGUACUGGCGAUCUGAGCUUGCUGAGGGCGACAUGACCACAUUCCCUUCGCUCCCUUCUGCGAGUCAUCAGCCUCUGGCCAAUGACUCCCUUGUGCACACUCUUCAACUCCACCGCAAGGGACCGUCAGACUUCACCAGCGCCACUCUCAUCCGUGCUGCUUGGUCAUUGGUCCAGGCCCGCUACUGUGACUCCCCUGAGACCGUCUUCGAAUGCACAUUGAGUGGAAGAAAUGCAUCUGUUCCUGGUGUUGAGGACAUCGUCGGUGCUGUCAUUGCCACUGUCCCGAUCAAGGCUAAAGUUGACGGCGAACAGCAAGUCAGUGAGUGGUUGCAACAGAUCAAUGCCCACUCCGUGGAAAUGACUUCGGCCCAAAACUACGGUCUCCAAAACAUCGCGCGUGUUGCAGAGGGUGCCGCAGCUGCAUGCAACUUCCAGUCCUUGCUGGUCAUUCAGCCUGCCACUUCCGUCGCCGAAGACAGCAUAAUGCAGCCGUUCUCGGCUCCUCAGGCCAACUUCAGUACUGUUGCACUCACUCUGGAGUGCAGUCUGGCGGCCGACGCCAGCAUCCAGAUCCAUGUUCACUUCGACGACGCCGUCUUGCCCCGUCCUGAAGUGGUCCGCAUCGUCCAACAAUUUGAGCACGUCCUGCACCAGCUUGCAUCGGCGCCCAAUGGCAAGCUGUCUGAAAUUGAGAUCAUUAGUCCACAGGACAGAAAUGAUCUGCUCCGGUGGAAUAGCGACCUUGCUGAGCCCGUCAAUGAGUGUGUCCACCGCCUCAUCUCUCAGAACAACUUCUCCCAGCCGAACGCUCCAGCCAUCUGUGCCUGGGAUGGCGAGCUGACCUAUACCGAGUUGGAGAGCCUGUCAUCUAAGCUCGCUGCCCACCUCAUCAAUGUUGGUGUUGGCCCUGAUGUCUUCGUCCCCCUUUGUUUCGAAAAGUCGAUGUGGACCAUUGUGGCUAUGGUGGCAACACUCAAGGCCGGUGGAGCAUUUGUCGCGAUGGAUGCUUCCCAGCCCAUCAGCCGUAUGCAAAAUGUCGUCAAGGACGUCAAGGCCAACGUUGUACUCUAUUCUGAAGAGCAGCUGAGUCGCGCCCCCGGCUUGGCCGCAAAGGCGAUUGCAGUCGGCCCCGGAAUGCGUGAGCUCAACACCCCUCGAACACCCCCGACGCCAGUCGCCCCCUCGAACGCUGCGUAUGUGAUCUUUAGUUCCGGCAGCACGGGCACUCCCAAGGGCUCGGUCAUCGAGCACCGUGCUUUCUGCACUGCUGCCCUUUCUCAAAAAGAGGGCCUUCAGAUGGGCACUCGUGUCCUGCAGUUUGCCUCUUACGCUUUCGAUGCCAGUAUCCUCGAGAUUCUCUCUACAUUGGUCCAGGGGGGAUGCGUCUGUGUCCCCUCUGAGUCGGAGCGACGUGGUAAUAUCUCGGAAGCCAUCACCCGUAUGAAUGUUGACUGGGCCGUAUUGACACCUUCUUUUGUCAACACAAUCGAUCCUAGCACAGUUCCAACUUUGUCCACUCUCGCCCUUGCUGGUGAGGCCAUGAGUGCCGCGCACGUUGCCGCAUGGACACCAUAUGUGCGACUCGUCAACGGAUACGGACCUUCCGAGUGCUGUGUCUGCACAACAUCCAAUCGCAGAGUCCUCCCCGGAACUGCCUCAAACAACAUCGGAACUGCGGUCGGCUCCGCAAGCUGGAUCACUGACCGUGACGAUCACAACAAGCUGGCUCCUAUUGGCGCUAUCGGUGAGUUGCUCAUUGAGGGCAACAUCUUGGCCCGUCAUUACCUGAACAACCCGGAGAAGACGGAGGCCGCGUUCGUUUCUGCCCCCGCAUGGCUGGGCGACCGGUCCCAGCGCUUGUACAAGACCGGCGAUCUCGUCAAGUACGCGCCUGAUGGAUCCAUCCUUUUCAUUGGUCGUAAGGAUACUCAGGUGAAGAUUCGCGGUCAACGUGUCGAGUUGGGUGAAAUUGAGUACCACCUCAACCUGCCCGCUGAUGUUUCGCAGUCUGUCGUCUCGUAUCCCAAGACAGGCCUGUACGCCCAGAAGCUGGUGGGUAUCCUUGAACUCACAUCCACCGCAGGCGCAGACCUGAGCGUUGUGCCGACCACCGACUUCCAACGAUCGGGCUUCCAGCUCUCUGCCCUCACACACAGCCUGUCCGAGACACUUCCAGUUCACAUGAUUCCCAUCAUCUGGAUCGUUGUUCGCAAGAUCCCCAGCUCUUCUUCCACCAAGAUUGAUCGCAAGGUGGUGGAUCAGUGGCUCGCAAAGCUCCCUUCCAACUUCGAGCCUACUCUUGGAAUCACUCGGGAAGGGCCAACAACAUCCGCUCUCCGGGUCAGUGAGGAGAAGGCUCUCGCCAUCAGCAAGAAGAUUGAGAGCUUGGUCAAUCGCGAAGACAGCCCUCUCCACGGUCGCGAUUUCAACAUUUCGUCGAUGGGUAUUGACUCCGUUCAGGUCAUCAGCUUGGCCAGCUUCAUCAAGCAGACCUAUGGUGUCAAGGUGGACGUAUCUCGUGUUCUUGAUGGCCAGAUGACUGUUCGUGGUCUCGCUGCAUUCAUCGAUGCCGAGUUGUCUGGCACUGUCCAGGAGGCCUUGCCUGCCUUCGACGCGAUGAAGGAGGCUUCUGCUUUGGUCAACGACAUCAUCAAAAACUCCAUGCCCCAAAAGACUGUCUUUGUCACUGGUGGCACUGGUUUCCUGGGCACUCAAAUUCUUCGGCAAUUGUGUGACCGCCCUGACGUGGGACGUGUCAUCGCCCACGUUCGCGCAAGCAGCCCCUCUGAUGCAUUCAUCCGCAUCAAGGACGCCGCCGUGCGUGCUCAGUGGUGGUCAGACUACUAUCUGACCAAGCUUGACGUUUGGUGUGGCAAUUUGGCCUCGCCCAAGUUGGGCUUGAAGCCAAGACAAUGGGCCUCUCUGAGCGGUGAGAGCCCCAAUGACGGCCUUGUCAACGGUAUCAUUCACGCAGGUGCCGCCGUCAAUUGGAACGCAGGAACUGAGAUCUUGCGUGCUGCCAACGUCAAUUCCACUGCUGAGCUUAUCAAGGCCGCCAUCACUUCUCCAGCCCGCCCUCGCCUCUCUUACGUGUCUGGUGGCUCCCGCUGGAGCGUCGGGGAGAACGACCAGGACAUUGCCAACGAGAUUGCACACGCCAACGGUUACGCUCAAACCAAAUACUUGUCGGAGCUGCUGGUGAAGCAAUUUGCCGCCAAGUAUCCCAACCAAUUUGCUAUCGUGAAGCCUGGCUUGAUUCUGGGAACCCCCGAGGAGGGCGUCGCCAACACUGAUGACUUCGUCUGGCGCUUGGCCUCCGGUGUUGUUGACGCUUGCGCCUUCAGCGACGAUUACGCCAACGCUUGGAUGUAUGUCACCAGCAGCACCCGUGUCGCCGAAGAGACCAUCGGCCAGGUCUUCUGCCCUGCAGGUGCCAUGAGGACGGUCACCUACAUGACAGAGGGUAUCACUGAGCGGGAGUUCUGGGAGAUCUUCCAUGGUGAACUUAAGUACCCUCUUCGCAAGGUCGAUCACAACACCUGGAUGGACACCAUGCGCAAGUCUAUUCAAAAAGACACCAGCUCGCACCCACUGUGGCCAGUAUCGCAGGUCUUCGACGCCCUCCAGGGUCGCCUGGGUGGUGAGCCCCUGCAAGACGCCAACAUUGUCUCACCCUCCCAAAAGCAGCAUGUCAAGGCUACCAUCCGCCGCAAUGUGCAAUUCCUUGUCGAGGCUGGUUUCAUUGCCAGCCCCACUGGAAAGAAGAUGAAAUACAUGGCCGACAAGGUGUUCAAACGGUCCGGAAAUGUGUGGGAGAAUGUUAAGAGACUGACUAUCACUGCCUGA